AGGUUUCGGUGUGAUGAAUGUGGCAAAGAUUAUGCUACCUCUUCCAAUUUAUCACGCCAUAAACAGACUCAUAGAAGUCUCGAUAGCCAACUUGCCAAGAAAUGUCCACACUGUGAAAAGGUUUACGUCAGCAUGCCAGCAUUGUCCAUGCAUAUCCUUACUCACAGUCAGCGUCAUAUUUGCAAUAUUUGUGGCAAGACGUUUUCACGACCAUGGCUGCUACGUGGACACAUCCGGUCACAUAGCGGUCAAAAACCCUUUGGCUGUUCUCAUUGUGGCAAAGCCUUUGCCGAUCGUUCAAAUCUGCGUGCUCACAUGAAUACUCAUUCAGCCUUCAAACAAUUUCAGUGCCAAUAUUGCAAAAAGACAUUCGCUUUGAAGUCUUAUCUAAACAAGCAUCACGAAUCCAUGUGCCUUAAA